AUGUUCAAACUUACUCUGGAAGACCAGGACGUGCAGAUAGAUACUUCAGGACUCAUCCCUUCCAUUACCUUCUCACAGAGAGUGAAAGAUAUUAUGGCAGGGUGCAUGAGGCUAGCAGUGGUAGUCAAACUGCUUGGGCACUUUGUUAGGCAGGAUGUGCUGUAUGGUAAGCUUAUCAAGCUUUGGAGGCCAGCUGGGGGCCUCAAGCUCACGGAACUUGACGGAGGUUGCUAUAUGGUCAAGUUUGAGAAUGACUUCGAUUACCACAACGCUAUGCUGGGGGGACUGUGGGUUGUUCUCAGGCAUUAUUUCACGGUGCACCCAUGGGAACCCUCCUUCUCGCUGCUCAACCUAGAGAUAAAACAAGUUUUUGUAUGGGUACGUCUUCCUGGACUACCCUAUCACUACUACCACAAAAGCGUCCUAAGAGCCAUCGGAGAAGUUAUCGGACAGGUCAUCAAGAUUGAUUACAACACUGAAGAUGUUGACAAAGCGAGAUUCGCUAGACUCGCGGUCAAACUCGAUCUUACUAAGCCUCUUAUUUCAAAGAUAAAUCUUGAUGGUAUUACCCAGUAUGUGGAAUAUGAAGGUCUUCCCACUAUUUGCUACUGCUGCGGAAGAUACGGUCACCUGGAGACAAGCUGCCCGAUCAAAUUGCAGAACCAAACACCGGUUACUCCUACUCCUGGCGAACCAGGCCAUGCACUUGAACAGGUUCCCCUACCAUCAGUGACUAUUUCUCCAGAGCGCGUGAGCAACAACUUUUUGGGGACUGGAUGA